AUGCCUCUCGAAGUGCCCGAGUCCGUGUUGUCCGCGCCCAUCCUGUCGCAAUUCUCGUUGGAAGACAAGCUGUGUUUCGUCACCGGCGGUGCUCAGGGGUUCGGAUUGGAAAUAGUACGAGCCUUCGCUGAGGCGGGAGCAGAUGUGUGCUUCACCUACCUUACAACUGCUGAUGAUAAGGCAACCAAGACAGCUCAAGCCAUAGAACAACAGACUGGUCGAAGGAUUCUGCCAAUAUGCGCCGAUGUCAGGAAACGAGCAGACAUUGCGGCUGCUAUUGAACAAGCAGUGCAGGCAUUCAAACAUAAUGGAACUACCCGCCAUCUCGAUGUCGUUGUUGCGAACGCCGGGGUCUGUAGACAGAUCUCGAGUCUCGACUAUGACGAAGAAACCUUCGACAAGGACUAUGCAGUCAAUGUCUACGGAGUCAUGUGGACUGCUCAGGCCGCUGGUCGGAUAUUCCAGAAACAGGGCCACGGCAACUUGAUCAUCACGGUCAGCGUGAGCUCAGUGUUGGUCAACACUCCACAGCCGCAGACCUCGUACAACUCCAGCAAAGCAGCUGCUGCACACAUGGGCAAGAAUCUAGCAGUGGAGUGGGUCGACUUUGCACGAGUCAAUUGUGUGAGCCCAGGCUAUGUCGCCACAAACAUGACAAUGUCGCAACCGGAGGAGAUCAGAAGUCAGUGGACUGCACAGGUUCCAGCUCGGAGGAUGGCAGAUCCGAGAGAGCUCAAGGGCCUUUACGUCUUUCUAGCGUCCGAUGCUAGCAGUUAUAUGACGGGUGCUAACGUGAUUAUCGAUGGUGCCUUCUCAGUGCCUUGA